AUGCAAAACGGCCGACCGGGCCGCGACGGCGACGAGCGGAUACAGGGCAUGAAAGUGAACGGUUUAGGGAUAUCCCUACCCUCAAAGCUACCCAACUUUGUCGAUGUUAUUAAUUACGGGGAUUUGGAGCGGCUGAGAAGGGCGCGGAGACAGACUCGAGACCAAGAUGGGCGCUGUUCAUUUGAUAAAUGCUUUAAUUUUUCGAGGUGCCGCGCUUCCAGGAAGGUCUAUGUUUAUCCUGAUCCGCCAGGAUUGCAACAAUCAACCGUUUACAGCAAUAUCCUGAAGGCGAUCCGACAAAGUCCUUAUUACACCAACAACACUCGUGAUGCCUGUCUUUUUGUUCUCUCGUUGGAUACAAUCGACCGAGAUCAAACUAGCAAAAACUACGUCCGUUCCCUGCAGACGUACAUCGACGCGUUGCCACGCGACUUAUGGAAUGACGGCGAAAACCACAUCAUCUACAACCUAUAUCACGGGACGUGGCCUCACUACUCGGAACUGGACAUUGGUUUCGAUGCCGGAAAGGCUAUCCUCGCUCGGGCUUCUGCUAGCGAAGAGAAUUUUCGUCACGGAUUUGACCUGUCGUUUCCUCUCUUCCAUCCGCAGCAUCCGUUCUCGGUUCCCGCUGAGGCCAACUUCUCCACACGCCCCGACGAGCAAUACCUGCUCUCGUUCAAGGGCAAGCGAUAUGUCUAUGGGAUCGGAUCGGAAACGCGUGAUUCCCUAUAUCACCUUCACGACGGUCAGCGUAUAGCCAUGGUCACCACCUGUCGGCACAACACUGAUUGGCAAAACUAUAAAGAUGAGCGAUGCGAGCAAGACAACGAGCGUUACGACCAGUGGGACUAUCAACACCUGCUGAACAACUCGUUAUUCUGCCUGACGCCUCGGGGACGUCGGCUCGGUUCCUUUAGAUUUCUCGAGUCGCUAGGCGCCGGCUGUAUUCCGGUGGUUUUAUCCGACAAUUGGGUACUGCCGUUCACCGAAAUCAUCGACUGGGAUACGGCCGUGAUCCGGGUAUCUGAGAAGAAUGUGCUGCUUACACCCGACGUGGUAUUCUCAAUCCCUCGACGUCGCAUCGAAACGAUGCGGCGAGCAGCUAAGAUGCUGUACCAUCGAUAUUUUGCCAGUGUGGAACGGAUAGCGAAUUCUUCACUCGAGAUUAUAUUUGCACGACUCGAUCAAUCGACUGGAUAUCGUAACGAUGGUGCAUCAAUCUCAACGCUUCCGAAAUCCGAGCAACACCUGACGGCAGUCAUCUUCACAACACCCGAGCUGUCAUCAAGGCUGCAAAAGCUCGUCACCGAAUUGGCGAAGCUUGACGGACUUCAGAAGAUUAUAAUCCUCUGGCACGUGGGACGGGGCACAACACCCGAUGGGGCCGAUUUUGGCACAAAUGUCAAGAAGCAGUUCGUUCUCGUGAAUACGACGCAAAGCUGCCUGGCCUGCAUCCCGAGCAAUCUACUAAACGGCGCAGGAACUAUCGUUUACUUGGACGAACGGCUGCGCAAUUUCCCGCCCGAGUUGCCAAGGAUGCUUCAGCUUCUCGGGGAGCAUCCGACUCGACUCUUUUCAGCAACCACCUUUACGCAUACGGUCCAGAGUAAAAAAACAGUGACGAGGCAUCUAAAAAUCGCCUACCCAGCCGCUCUCGUAUUUCACAGUUCAUACCUCACCAGCCAUCAUUUCCGAGGUUCAUCCCCGCAUUGCGAUUUUGUGCGGCUGUCAAUUGCCGCUAGCUACUUGAGCGAAUCACCGCCGAUCAGGGUUGGCCGGGGUGAUGCUCAACAGUGGAUGCAGCUUGAAGUUUUCGACGAAUGUGCUAGACAACUUGCUCCAUAUUUCCCACCGGGUCUCCUGCUGCCACCAGCCGAUCUCGGGUUACUG